UUCUCUUUAUUACGCCAAAUGUCAAUCAUCUAACACCUCUGGAUUUUGGUUCGGUAUUCCAUUUUCCAUAACACUUAGUUUUCUGAUCCUUCUUCUUCUUCACAACUAAAUUCCAUUUUCCUAAAAUAAAAAAUCCUUCAUAAUAGUUCUUCGAUUCAUCUUAUGGGUUGAUUGAUUCUAAAAACUUCUCUGUCUUUUAAUCAUCUUCAUCUAGUUUUUAUUUUUAUUUUUAUGAUCUGUUUCCUCCGAUAAAAAGACCUUCAAAAACAGUUCAGUAAUAAUUCGGUGAUCGGAUUAUUUGUUACUGUAGUUCGGUGAUCGGAAGAAGAAAAGGAGAUGGGUGGAGCUUGUUCGAGGAAGAGUGGUGGUGGAAGUAGUUCAAGUACUGAAGACGGUAUACAAAGAGGAAGGUAUUGUAAGAGUGGAAGCUCUAAAUGGCUACGGACAUCAUCAUUUACGCGGCUUAGUCUUGAUAAUAAUCAGCAGGGGAAUAUCAACUCACCAUCUUUGUUGGAAUUAUGUAUUCAGAAUAUAUGUCAGGAUAUUGAUGUGUAUGUUGAAAAGUAUGGUACCUUUGAUAAGCUCCCUAGGGAUAUAACUCAGCAAUUAUUUGAUGAAUUAGUGGUUUCGUGUAAAUUGAAUGAUGUUAUUCUUGAAGCUUUUCGAGAUUGUGCUAUUGAGGAAAUCUGCUUGGCAGAGUGCCCAGGAGUUGAGGAUAGUUGGAUGGAUAUCAUUUCAUCUCAGGGAGCAGCUUUGUUAUCUGUUGAUCUUUCUGGUUCUGAUGUAACAGAUUCUGGGUUGAAUACACUUAGAAAGUGCAGAAACCUUAGACAAUUAGCUUUCAAUUGUUGUGACCAAAUAUCAGAAAAUGGAAUACAGCAUAUUAAGGGCCUAUCAAACUUGACAUCUUUGAGUUUUAAAAGGAGCAACACCAUCACAGCUCAAGGAUUGAGCGCUUUUACUGGUUUAGUGAAUUUGAUGAAGCUGGAUUUAGAGAGAUGUUCAGGGAUUCAUGGCGGACUUGUUCAUCUUAAAGGUCUGACGAAGCUUGAAUCACUUAAUAUUAGGUGUUGCAAUAGCAUAACAGAUGAAGAUAUGCAACCUCUUUCAGGGCUUACGAACCUGAAGGAAUUGCAGCUUUCCUGCAACAAGGUCACAGAUGCAGGUGUUGAUUAUUUGAAAGGUUUGCAUAAACUACUGUUACUGAAUGUUGAGGGAUGCCCAGUUACCGGGGCAUGCUUGGGGGCCAUUUCAGAUCUUUUGGCUCUAUCUUAUCUGAAUCUCAACAGAUGUUCAUUUUCUGACAAUGGGUGCGAGAAGUUUGCUGGGCUUCUUAACUUAAAGGUGUUGAACUUGGGAUUUAACAACAUCACAGAUACAAGUUUGGUGAGCCUUAAAGGUUUAACAAAGUUGGAGAGUUUGAAUUUGGAUUCGUGUAGGAUCGGUGAUGAAGGCCUGCGGAACUUGACAGGUCUACUGAAUUUGAAGAAUUUGGAAUUAUCCGAUACAGCAGUUGGAAGCACUGGGCUAAAACAUAUUUCUGGGUUGGCUAGACUGGAGAAUUUGAACCUAUCAUUCACUGUUGUUAGUGAUGGUAGCUUAAGAAAGCUAUCUGGAUUGACAUCUCUAAAGUCACUUAAUCUGGAUUCUCGCCAAAUUACGGAUGCUGGCCUUGAAGGUCUUACUGGUUUAACUGGGUUGACUCAUCUAGAUCUGUUUGGUGCUCGCAUUACUGACAGAGGCACAAACUGGUUGCGAUACUUCAAGAGCCUCCGAUCUCUAGAGAUAUGUGGUGGAGGAAUCACAGAUGCUGGAGUUAAAAAUAUUAAAGAGCUUGUUACCUUGACGCUAUUAAAUUUAUCGCAAAAUGCCAAUUUAACAGACAAAGCCUUGGAAAUGAUUUCCGGUUUGACUGCAUUGGUUUCGUUAAAUGUUUCAAAUUCACGUAUAACAAAUGCGGGAUUGCACCAUUUGAAGCCGUUGAAGAAUUUAAGAUCUCUCUCCUUGGAAUCAUGUAAAGUUUCAGCAAGCGAAAUUAGGAAGUUACAAUCCACUGAACUCCCAAAUCUGGUGAACUUUCGACCCGAGUAAAGUCCACUCCUGAUAGCAGCACUGAGCAUUCUCAAAGUUCCAAGGGUAUGUUAAAGAAGUCUGAAGAUACAAUGUUCAACAAUAUUCAUUGUAAAUUUUCUCAUUGUUUAAAGUUUAUUUUCCUGACUUGGUGCUUGGUUGCUUAAUUGAGACGCACUUUUCUUUUGGCAAUCUCCUUGAACAUAAAUUUUUCUUGCCUCAUUUUUCUUAACUCAAUUUGCUUUGUACAUAUUUGUGGAUUACCUCACUGGUUUGCUAGUGUUGUUACUCUACUCUGCCUUUUGUAUAUAUAUCCUUCUUCGUAA